AUCUCGAGCUUCCUCGUUUAGAAUCGGAAUCCAAGAAUCUCGUGUGAUCUGUUCGAAAAUCGUUUCGAUGGGUUCGGGGAAUCAUGUUGUCGUCGAUGUUAGUUCAGACGAGGAGGUCGAUACACGUGGAGACAGAGACUACUUGGAAUGGCUAAACGAGGUUAUAGAAGUGGCCGAUGAGAAAUCAGACAGUACCGAUGUAGUCGAGGUGAUAGCAUGUAGAGAUUUUCCUCACCCCCGACACUCAUGUGCUAAGUACUCAUUUAACUCAACACCACAUGAGAAAUACUGCGACAUGUGUCACUGUUAUGUGUGUGACACCCGUGCUCCAUGUCCGUACUGGUGUAUCGGUGUCUCCACCAUUGAUCAUUGUCAUGCUAAUGAUAAAGACAAGAUGUGGAAGAAUCAACGCGAGUACUUCAGGACCGGAGUUAUGCCCACCCAACCAUCUCCAAAGCCUUGCACGCCCCUCCCAGCUUCUGCGACAGUGAGCCGCCAGUUUUCACGGUCUCCUGCUCAAAACAUCAUACGGCUGUCUCAGAAACUCUUGCCGCGAAACCAGGUUGGGAUCAGGCCUUGCUCAUCAUCUAGCCGAGCCAGGUCUAGGAUCAAGCAGCCGAUUCCACACAGCCACAAUCACGGGCUGCAGACUCGCCCUGCGCAGUCACUGAGCAGUGUUCGCAGCAACGUCAUCCAAAAGGAUAAAAGUUGUUAUAUGGGCAAUCUAAGGUCCCGCGUGGCCUCUUCAGGAACUCGGUAUGGUGCACCAAACAGUGACUACAUCAAGGCUGCUCUACAUACCAGUGCUCCUCAAGCUUCACAAUCCACCCACCGUAGCUCCUCCGUAGUGGCACCGGAAAUGUACACUCAGCAACAACAUGCCACUGAGUAUUGCGCAGCGGUGACGGGGUCUCAGAGCAAUGUGUACACCAAAAGUGUCGGUGGUAAUUGUUUGUUUCAGGCGAAUGCAGAUCUGUUUGCUCUACCGGAAACUCAUCUCACCACCGGGGAUUCACAAGCACAGACGGUUGGACAGCAACCGGGAACCAUCGAAAGCGUCUUGCACACCAAAUUGUCGGAUUUUGAGAGCUGGUUUAUGGACAGCUCUAACCAAACCGGCCCAGUUGGUCCGGUGCCUGAACCGGUAGGUGAAGAUUAUGUCAGUCCGCCGACAUUUGAUUUUGAAACAACCAAUCAGUUCAAUACAAAAUUAAAGUUCGGUUACUAUAUAACCGGAUUGGCAAAAAAUUUCAGUAAGGCCUAUUAUUAUAUAAACCGGAUUGGGCAACAUAUUUCAGUAAGGCCCAUGGAUCAUUUUACGAGCCCAGUAGAGGUCGGAGAAGUUCCUCCGACUAACGCCCAAAAAAGAAACGGUUUUGUCGAUGUGACGGUGGCAAACGGCCACCAGUUUUGUCGUUUCGAGGAGCGUAGAGGCCACGCGCGAUUGUGUUCUCACUACGGCAACACACUACCCUACGCCCUCCCCACCAUCAGCAUUAAAGUCUCUCUCUCUCUUCGCUUCUCUUCUCUGGUUCGAAAUCACUUUACUCUCUCUCUCUCUCUCUCUCACUGUGUUACAUUCGCCGGAGAAGCUCUCGCUCUCGCUCUCGCUCUCGCUCCCUCAAUCUCCAACCUAACUCGCAACGCCCGACUCUGUUUCCUGCUGUGUACAGAUCUCGAGCCGCAUUUCGUGGAUCUGGGAGGAAAUCAAUGUCUGCGAAGCUCUGAGGAAGCUAUGGUUAGACGUCUGGUUCUGGAGAGGCUUCGUCUCGAUUUUUUGAGUAUUCGGAGAGUGUCCGGCGAGGACGCGGAGAUGCGCAACGUUGCGAUGCUUCUGCUGCUAUUUCCCCUCCUUCAUUCUCUCGGCUCGUUUCCCAUCUGCUUUGCUCGGCUAUUUCCUAUGAGCUUGUCAUUUACCAGAUCAAAAUCGCAUCAAAUGCAUUUUUUUCAUCCUCAUCUGAAUCCAUCUGUUGCUCCUGCACCUUCACCAGCUUUUCCCCCCAACCGAAGUCGCAUUCCACCUCCAAAACACAAGGGUCAUCACCAUCAUCGUCGUUGGCAUUUAAGACGCAAUGUGACGGCAGUCUCACCUUCCUCAAAUGACUGUCAACAGACAUGCGUGGAGCCUCUUACUUCAACUCCCUUUGGUUCACCUUGUGGCUGUGUUUUCCCCAUGAAAGUUCAGCUUCUGCUAAGUGUCGCGCCUUUUUCUAUUUUCCCCGUCACCAACGAGUUAGAAAUUGAGGUUGCUGCUGGAACAUACUUGGAACAAAGCCAGGUGAAAAUAAUGGGGGCCAGUGCCGACAGUGAAAAUCAAGGCAAAACAGUGGUGGAUAUUAACCUUGUCCCACUUGGGGAAAAGUUUGACAACACUACGGCGACACUUAUUUAUCAAAGGUUCCGGCACAAGAAAGUGCCUCUAAAUGAGUCUAUCUUUGGUGAUUAUGAUGUUACACACAUAAGUUAUCCAGGAAUCCCUUCUUCUUCACCAUAUGGAGAUUCUGUGGGAAGUGCACCAAGUGCAAGUACUGGAGGGCUUCCACUCACUGCAAACUUUGCCAACAAAAGCCAGGGAAUAGGCUUUAGAACGAUUGCAAUCAUUGUCUUGUCAGGUUUCGUGCUCGCUAUGGUUUUGGCUGGAGCUGUAUUUGUAGUCAGGAAAUGGAAUAAUGUUGGAAAGUCAUCUAAUGCUGUUGGCCCUGCACUGGCUCCAUCGAUGAACAAAAAGCCGGGUGCUGGAUCUAUGUUUUCCAGUAGCGCCAGAAGCUCUGGAUCAGAUUCUUUGAUGUCAUCGAUGGCUACAUGUGCUUUAUCAGUGAAGACCUUCACACUUUCAGAGCUCGAGAAGGCGACUGAUAAAUUCAGUGCCGAGCGGGUUUUGGGCGAGGGGGGAUUUGGUCGUGUUUAUCAGGGCAACAUGGAAGAUGGAACCGAGAUUGCAGGACAAUCAGAACCGUAUGUGGCUCCUGAGUAUGCUAUGACGGGGCAUCUCCUUGUGAAAAGCGAUGUCUAUAGUUACGGUGUGGUUCUACUCGAGCUUCUCACCGGUAGAAAACCGGUAGACAUGUCUCAACCUUCGGGAGAGGAAAACCUGGUGACGUGGGCGAGGCCUUUACUAGCCAACAGAGAGGGCCUGGAGCAACUGGUGGACCCGACAUUGGCUGGAACGUACGACUUUGAUGACAUGGCGAAAGUGGCUGCGAUUGCCUCCAUGUGCGUCCACCAAGAGGUCUCGCACAGGCCGUUCAUGGGUGAAGUGGUGCAGGCACUGAAGCUUAUAUACAACGAUGCAGAUGAGACCUGUGGAGACUAUUGCAGCCAGAAGGAGUCAUCCGUGCCGGACUCUGCAGACUUCAAAGGCGAUAUGGCUCCCUCGGAUAGCAGCUGGUGGAACUUGACACCUCGGUUAAGGUAUGGUCAAGCGUCUUCGUUCAUAACCAUGGAUUAUAGCUCAGGACCGCUUGAGGACAUGGAGAACCGGCCUCACUCUGCCUCUAGCAUUCCUAGAGAAGGUGGCCUGUUUCUACCAAACAGGUCGGGUCCGUUGAGGCCAGUUCGAAGUAGAAGAAACUUCUUUAGAUUGAGAGGAAGCAUGAGCGAACACGGUGGACCAUCAUCAUCUAGACAUCUCUGGUCCGGGAAUGGUGACUGGUUCUGAGAAACCAGAUAAUGUACAGUGAGGAAAAGGGUUAAAAGGAAGGAAAAGGGCUCACAACUCUUGAGCUGCAUGGUUAGGUUUGGUUUAAUCCAGUUUGGUUCGGUGUAUCUGGCUGGGUAAAGACAUUCCGGUUAGGGAGUUUCUUUUUGUUUUUGUUUUUCACGUUUCAUAUUUUCAGCAAAAUAGAUUUAAUUGUUUGUUUUUGCGAGGAUGCAAAAGCAACAGCACAGGGAGAGGGAGGGUUGUAUGUUGAAGACGUCUGUAUCUAUUUCUCUAUUUUCUUCUUCCCCCACAAAAAAAAAAAAACUUCUUAAUUCUUUUUUAGUGAAGUUAGUGUUGCCUAAUUUUUUAGUUUUUGUUUAGAAAGUAUUAAGUUAGUUCUUUGAAUUUUGCUGUUUAGUUUCCGGUUCUCGAAUUUAUUAGAUAAAUCUAUAAUGUUUUUGGGUCGAA